CCCAGAAGGUCAUCUAGUCCAACCCCCGAAUUUGAUUUGAUAGGGUUUGAAUAUUAGUCAAACUUUUCGUCAAUACUCUGCUUUUUAUGGAAUAAUAGUAGAAAUAGUAGCACUAUUUGUUGAGUGAUACCAGAUAUUAGGACUUGCAUUAGUCAUACUAUCUAUUUUCGACUACAUUUUAUGAAUCACAUUUAUUUAUUAAAUUACACUUAUUAAAUGUGCCCUUUCAGAUGUCUCAGGACACAGAAUGUACACUAGAACGUAUUUCUGUUGGCCAUAUAGUAAAAGAAAUUUUACAUGUUUAUGUAUAAUGUAAAGUUAGUAACAUUUUAGGGGAGGUUUCAUGGUGAAGCAACGUUUACAUAGUGGUGUAAUAUUGGGCCAUGUCUACAUGGGAAUAUUCAAGAAAGUUAAGGCAAGUCUACUAAAGAUGGUGUGAACAUAAGUUAAAGCUUGUUUAACAUCAAUGUGGAUGAUUGGGUUUUAUUUCCUUAAAUAUGAACACAUCACUGUGGUGCUGUACUCUCUUUAUUGGCUCCCCAUCUAAUACAUUGUCGUGUUUAGGUCUUUGCCCUAAUCUUCAAAGUCCCCCAUUGGAUUGGCCCUGUCUAUUCGAGAGAUUGCUUCUCACCUUGCAACCAUGACUUCCCAGGGCAGCUAUAUUCAGUUGUAACAAUGAAACUGCCAGUCAACAAAGGGAAGCUCAUGAGAGCAGGAGACAACUUUCACAGGAGCUGGACCCAGCCUAUGGAACCCAUACCCUCAAAAGAUAAGAGUGACCCCCAGAUCUCACUGUUAAAUAUCCGAUCACGUUAUGGAUCCAACCAAAUCGGAAGGAUACAUGAGUUGGUGAGAAAGAACAUGGACUUCUGAGAACACUAACUUCCUAGAUGCUUAAAAUAGAAGAGCCUAGGAUUAUGGUGAUCAGUUACCAGUGGCUACAAAGAUGGAAGAGCAAUGGACCCCUCUACCUGUACCUAUAUAAAGUUUUAGAAAGCAGAGAGAACUUAAACUGAACCAAAUAAUUAUUUCAGCCAUGGGAGAUAAUGAAAGUUUUUGGGAGAGCUUGAUAUAUGCACAUCCUACCUGUGUAGCCUGGAAGCAAGAGGCAGAGGGAUCUAUCUACCAUCUAGCUAGUAUUUUAUUUGUUGUUGGCUUCAUGGGAGGAAGUGGAUUCUUUGGGCUAAUGUAUGUCUUCAGUUUGCUUGGAUUGGGUUUUCUCUGCUCUUCUGUAUGGGCUUGGCUGGAUGUAUGUGCUGCUGAUAUAUUCUCCUGGAAUUUUGUCCUGUUUGUGAUAUGCUUCAUACAAUUUAUUUAUGUAACCUACCAAGUUCGGAGUGUUUCCUUUGAAAAAGAAUUCCAGGAACUCUACAGUUCUCUUUUUCAGCCUCUGGGAAUCUCCUUGACUGUUUUUAGGAAGAUUGUCUUGUGCUGUGAUGCAGAAGUGGUUACUUUGGAGAAGGAGCAUUGUUAUGCUAUGCAAGGCAAAACACCUAUUGAUAAACUCUCUAUGCUUGUGUCUGGAAGGAUCAGAGUGACAGUUGAUGGAGAGUUUCUGCAUUAUAUUUUUCCCUUUCAAUUUCUGGAUUCUCCUGAAUGGGAUUCCCUUAGACCCACAGAAGAGGGUAUUUUCCAGGUAACUCUUACAGCAGAGACAGACUGUCGAUAUGUGGCUUGGAGGAGAAAGAAACUGUAUUUGCUGUUUGCUAAACACCGUUUCAUCUCACGUCUGUUUUCAAUUUUAAUUGGGAAUGACAUUGCUGAUAAACUAUAUGCCUUGAAUGACAGAGUGCACGUAGGAAAAGGACUUCGAUACGACAUCCGGUUACCAAACUUCUACCAAGUGGCAGUACCAGGGACACCCAAAGUGCAACCUGCAGAACAACUUGUGAGCAAUUCAAGACAAAAGUUCACUAACUUUGGAAACUGUGACUCUUCUAAAAAAUAAUACACACAAAAAAUGCUAAAUUAAAUAGGGAAAUACAAGUUGUUAACAGGAAAAUCAAGCUGAACAAUACCUAGUAAAGCCAAACUUGAUUGAAAGUGCCAUUUACUUUAGUUAAAAUAACUUGCAUCCCUUUUCUCCCUGCUGAGCCAGCUGGUUGGCUUGUACAUUUUGACUAAUUAUGCAUUAUGAUUAAUUUCUUUUGUUGAUCUUAUUACUUUUACGGGGGGGAAUGAAUCAUGAGGGGAUGAAGCUUUAUUGUAAUUGUGGUGCCUUCUGUGGGUUUUUUUUUUUUUUAAGAUAUUUGCAUAGCGCUCUUGAUCAUAUUUAUUCCAACUUACUUGUCAUAAUGAAUUAUGGAAUCCAACAAGCAAGUUAUCUUAUCUUAUUUUGAGUUGCUUGUUACAUUCAUAAUUACAAUAUCUGAACCUGGUCUUUUUUUAAAACCAUCAGAAUCUUAGAGAAGAUUACUUUAAAAACAUUUUUUAACUCAGAUUGUCUUGUUUUCUUUUUUUAAAAAGGGAAGUGACAGAAUGAAUUUUUUCCAUUCAGUCCAUGAACAGUUGAUUUCUCUGAGGCUAUAGGAAAGAAGCAUUACAAAAAACACUAAUGUAAUUGCCGACGUGAAAAAAAAGUAAAGCAAUCAAUGUAAUUGCGGCAAAGUAUAUAACAGGAAAAAGAUUGUGUAGUGCUUUUAAUAGAAUGUGAUGCUAUAGUAACUAGACUUAAAAGGUGUAAGUGCCAAUCAUAAUGUAAAAUAAAUACUGUACAACAAUCCAUCACUAACACAUUAGAGUCCGAAUUUUACAGCAACCCUUUCAGCCAGGUUUGUCAUAAAGUGACACAAAUCAGUAAAUACAUGGGGCUACCAACAUAAAACAGCAAACUGUUCUUAGUAGUGAAGUACCCCUAUUCAGCUUGCAAAGUCACUUUUCUGUGCCUAUAAACUUUUUAAUUUAAAAUACAUCUUCUCCCUAGUAUGUGUGGGUGUCUUUAAUAGUUUAUGAGGAUUCAAGAUCAACAUUUGGUUGGGGAAAGCUAGUUUUAUACCUUUUCCAAUUGAUCUUGAGGUCAUUGUGCCUUUGGGGAAGAGGUGUUUGAAUGUCUUUCCUAACUUACUUCCUUGCUCUAUGCUUGAUGCAUGCCUGUAAUCAAAAAGGGAAAACCAUUACUAUUUUAUGAGACAAUAUUAAUGCUUGAUACAUAUCAAGGUAGAUUGCCUUUUUAAUAUUUAAAAUUUAAAAAAUUGCUCUAGGGCUUGGGAGGAAAAGUUAGUGCCUGCCUUUUUGCUUUUUUCUUUUCUUUUUUUUUAAACUAGAUCUUAUGAGUCAUUGGUGGAGGUUUAAAGCAGUUGCCACAGUGUCUACCUUUGAAGGUAAUCUUACUGUGUAAGAGAGAAACUCUUUCAAAAACACAUUCAUCCUGGAGCCUGAGUCAGUGGUUUUCAGUAAGAGUGGCUUUACAGAACAAACCAAAUAAAUCCAUGUAUUUUAAACAAAGUUAUUGCAAGUGAUGAAAAAAUGUAUAUAUUGUACAUCACUCAAUACAAAUAAAAGUAGCAUUGUACAAUGCAAGAACACAUUCUGCUUUUAGCUUUUGUCCAUUUUCUAGUGAGAUAGAUGUGUAGUGGUGCCAUGUGAUAUUGCAGAACUACUCGUGUAUAAUGGGGUAAUCCCAAAUUCAUGCUAAU